AUGAGAAAAGAACUUUUUUCUGAUUGGCCUGGGACUUGGAUGUUUAUCUAGGUAUAUAAGUGUAGGUAUUUAUUAUAAAAUAUAGUAUCGUUGAGUUAGUAUCUCGUAACACAAAUUUCAAACUUACUUCGAGGCUAACUCAAUUAGUGUAAUUUGUCCCAUAUAUAUUUAUCUAUUUAAUAUAACCCUAUUACAGGUGGAACUGUGUAAUGGGUGGAAUCUUAUCUUUUUUAUAUUUUAGACUAGAGGCCGCCCGCGACUUCGUCCGCAUGGAAACCCUAUCAAUCCCGCGGGAACUCUGGGAUAAAAAGUAGCCUAUGUGUUAUUCUGGGUCUUCAGCUACCUACAUACCAAAUUUCAUGGUAAUCGGUUCAGUAGUUUUUGCGUGAAAGAGUAACAAACAUCCAUACAAACUUUCGCCUUUAUAAUAGUAGUAGGAUAAAUACUCUUAAGAAAAUAAUUUUGUAAUCAUACAUACAUACAUAUAAUCACGUCUAUAUCCCUUGCGGGGUAGACAGAGCCAACAGUUGAAAGACUGACAGGCGUUCAGCUGUUAAGCUUAAUGAUAAAAUUGAGAUUCAAUAGGUGAAAGUGUGAAGUUAUACCCAAUAAGGAAAAGACACUCACAUACGUGAACUAGCUUCAUCGGGGGAACGGGAAAUAAAGGUCAUUAAAAAUUGUUUAGCCUUCUUUUCAUUGAAUUACCUAUAAGUCAAACAUGCUUUAGCCCAUACAUUGUACAAUGUAAAACUAGUAUAAACAAUCGACAGUUGUCAAUGUCAACGAAAACGGAUACGGAUACCUACUGUAAUGCUGACAUCAAAUGCCAACAAAAAUAACCAAGAAAAGAAAGAAGAAUUUAAUAAAACUUUUGUAAACCAAAACAAUUUUAAUUAAAUAGUUAAUUUAAUACCUAAAAAGUGUAACAAAACGGUUAUUUUUCAUUUUUUCCAAAUUAAAUCUGUAAUGGGCACUAAAAACAUUAGUUUAACAAGUUUGUUGUGAGUCAUACAUCUCGUUAUGAUGUUACUUUUGUAUGUUCCUGAGCUCAAGAAAUAAAAAUAACCAAAAUGUCUGAGAGAAAGGGUACCAAAGCUUUAGAGCUCUGGUGUAAACGACUUGUAAAAGAUUGUCCUAAUGUUCACAUUGAAAAUAUGACGACUUCUUGGCGAGAUGGCAUAGCUUUUUGUGCUUUGGUCCACCACUUCCGACCAGAUCUAAUUGACUUAUCUGCAUUAAAAUCUGAAAAUAUUUAUGAGAAUAACCAACUGGCAUACAGUAUUGCUGAAAAACAUUUGGGAAUCCCAUCACUGUUAGAUCCUGAGGACAUGGUGGAUAAUGAAAUUCCUGACAGACUCUCGAUUUUGACCUACUUGUCUCAGUUCUACCAAAGACUUGCACAUACAGUAAACACCAAGCCUUCUGAUAGUGAAACAAAGUUAUCUUCACCAUCAUCAAGCCAACCAUCUGCAACUGCACCAAUAAAAUUUGGCAAGACAGGACUUGAUAAAUGUGCUGCAUGUGGUCUUCCUGUCUACCUCGCACAACGCCUUCUCGUUUCUCACAAACUCUACCACAGAAGAUGCUUCCGCUGUUCUAAGUGCUCAGGCCAUAUAAACCCUAAGAAUUAUGAGUUGACUGAAGGAUCUGAAUUUGCCUGUGAUAGUUGUAAAAAUGAAAAUAUUUUAUCUAAAUAUAUUAACAAUAAUGAUCAAAUGGGUAUGCUGGCAUUUGACAGCAAUGUUGUUGAAAAGGAUGAUGAUAUUUUAAAAGAUGAACCAAUUAGCCCAAAAAUAAGACCACGGCCACAGUCUAUAUUAGACAAAAUAAGUUUGUUUGAAAAUAGCUCAGAAAAAGGUUCACCAAUUGAAGAGAAAAUGACUAAUCUAUCUUUCAAAGAUGCACACACCACUAAUGUAAAUAAUAAACAUAAUGAUACAACCACUUCAAUUACAAGUAAUAGCAGUGCACCAACUGAUGCAUACAAUACGUCACACACAAUUGACGAAGCAUAUAUGCCCUCUGAUCACAAUAGCCCAAAUAAAGAAUUAAAAAUUGAAAACUCUUUUGACCUUAACAUGCCAGAGAAAGUAUAUAAGAGCAAUCUUCAAAAGUUUAAUUUUCUGCAAACUCAAUUGUCAAGUGUUGUUUCGGAUGUAAAUAGCACAGUAGAUAGUGAGCAAUUAGGAUAUGACAAAUCAAACAAAGAAGACUGUAGUAGUAAUAAAUCUGAGAAUGGUGACGAUAAUCAUGACAAAAUCGUAAAAGAAAAUACUGAUAGUAUACUCAAAGAAGAAAGUAAUGUCACAGAUGAUAAUAGGAUAGCACAAGGAAAUGCUGCAACACAUAUAGAACAGACUGAUAUAGCAGCAGCUGAAUCAAAUCAACCAGAAGGAAUGAGUAUAUGUGUUCCACCAAGAAGAAAAAAGAAUGUCACUCCUGAAAAAUCUAAACACACUAUUGGUAAAGAAGAUAUGAAAAUCAAAAGCUUGAAUGACAAAAAUUAUCCCAAACAUUUAAACCCUUUUUCUGAUGAUGAGGACGAGGAGGAGCCACCCAGUAAGCCUCCAAAAGAGCCACCUAAAAGUGCAAGCACCAAUCCCUUUGGGAGCUCCGAUGAAGAAGAUGACGAUGUCCCGCCUAUUCCGACGAAAUCCCAGCAAGAAUCUAGUACACCUAUGAAACGCCUUAUUGCAGUAAAUCCAUUUUGGUCUGAUGGUGAAGAACCUUCAUCGGACGAAGAAGAUACUCACAUCAAAAACGGCAAAAUGUACAAAUCCGCGAUGACAACAAGCACUCCCAACUUGCCUGGCAGCGGCUUGCGGCGGAAGAAACAGCGCGCGCCGCCGCCGCCCGCGCCGCUGCAGCCGCGCGCGGCGCCCGCCGCCUCCAACGACGACGUCGCCAGCAUCUCCUCGCUCAGCUCCUACAACUCUACGGCGCAUUCCGAUCAGAAAUCCUUUGGUAAAUCAACACCAUUGCUGAAGAAAAAAAGAUUAGCUCCUACUCCCGCUGACAGUGUGUCUACAGGCUCUGGUUACGAAGGGUCUAUGGAGAAAGGUGUGGACACUUCGGGCACUCGAAAUACGUCAAUAGAAAGUGCACGUAAAACGAAAGGACCAGCUCCUGGCUUGCCGCUGCCCGAACGAAGGGAAGUGAAGCUUCAGAUGUCCUCCGAAGACCUUCAAGUGCAACUGGACAUGUUGGAGACGCAACAGUUGGGCUUGGAGAGGCAGGGCGUGCUGAUCGAACAGAUGAUACGGGAUAAGUGUGAGGGCGACGACGCGGCUCCGGUGCCUCAAGAGGAAGUGGAAGAUUUAGUGAUACAACUGUGCGAAUUGGUCAACGAGAAGAACGACCUCUUCAGAAAACAGACGGAACUCAUGUAUAUACGGCGACAACAAAGAUUAGAACAAGAACAAGCCGAUAUCGAGCACGAAAUCAGAGUGAUACAGUCGCGGCCAGCUGUUAAUCGUAUCGAUGCUGAUAAGGCUCGCGAGGAACAAUUGGUAUCGCGACUGGUGGAGAUCGUGCGCUUGAGAGACGAGUUAGUACAGCAGAUCGACGCAGAGAGGCGCCGCGAACGACAAGAAGACCUCGCCAUAGCUGCCUCUAUCGCCAGCAAGAGAGCACAAAGAAAUAGUGAAUCCAACAGCUCAUCAAUAAAGUCUGCAGACGCUGUUGUUUCGCCAAAGAAGAGUAAGGUAAAAGACAAAGUAAAAAAACAGUUGAAGAAAGCAAAACAUACAUUAAUUUCGAAGAAAAAGGAAGACGCUGAUCGAAAGGAGGAAAAAGAAAAAAAAUCUCCUAAGUGACUUUGACAUAAAUGGAAAAUGAUGGAUUUUAUCUUCAGUCUUUUUUUUUGCUAAUAUCGCUAAAAUUUAUUUAUAUGGAGAGAGAAGAACCUAAUCGUUUGAUCAGAGAAUUUAUUUUGUUUUAAAAUAUAUUGUUCACUAGUUAGUUAUUGAAAUUCACGUAAAGAAAUAAUUUACACCGGAGGUCUGCCUCUGUCUGUCUCUCUUUUUGCUCUCCAAUAUCUAAUCAAACGUAUAAAUUAAGCUAAUCGGCUGCGAGUUGUGGUACUGAAAGUACUUAACAAAGACUGAAACAUUCCACUAAUAAAAAUAUUAUUUCUUAAUGAGUGUAGAUUAUAAUGUCAGGUUGGUUAAAAGUUUAUUUUAAUGUUAUUCUGAAAACCUUUAAAAGGUGUCUCUUUCUUAAGUGACUGCAAUUAUAAUUAGUAUUUAUAAUAAAAAUAUGAAGGAAACGUGCCAGAAAAUUUAGUAUCAUAUUUUUUAAAUGUACCACAUGAAUCUCACGCUUGUUGCGUUACAUUAAAAUCUUAUGGUAAACAUUACAAAAGCACGUACUUUGUUCACAUAAUAUAUGAGUGUACAAACCUUGUCGUAUUACUGACAGGUUUGAUUAAUCAGUGCGAUUAGAAUAUACGCGAAGUUUUAUUGAUUUUAUGUCAAAAAGAAUAAAAUAAUUGUAUAAUAUAAUCUCUUUACGCUUAAAACCCUUUUUAAUUUUUAUUUUCAGUGUUAUUUUAUUAUGGUUGUUUAUUGGAAAAUUUUAUGUAGAAAAAAUGUAUACAGAAGGGUCAUUUACAUUUAAUAAAUAACAAAUUAAUAUGUGCACGCUGUUUAUACAUGAUAAUAGAAAUGCACAAUGUUAUGCUAAUACAUGCCUGAAACCAUUUAUUAUUAAUAGAUUUAUUUUAUUUCGCGAUUAUUUUUAUAUUUUAAGAAUUUUACAUUAGCUAAAGUGUAACGAAAAAAGCAUGGCAGUGAUGUUUGUCACGUCACUGUAAUAAAUAAAGCGCUCUCCUUGAGGUUGACUCGAAGAAAUCCCUCUUAGGGUUAAGUCCACCAUUGCGCAUUAUUGUUUUAGUCAUACUAUUUUUCAUUCCAUUGUGUUAUGCGCCACCGGCGCCACCCGCAGUCUGCGUAGCACAUCCAACACCAAUUUUUACUUCCACUCUUUUACUGUACAAGCUGUCAGUCUAUAGAAUGCUCUCCCUGUCGAUAUCAGGAAAGCCCAGACUAUUGAUAGUUUCAAAAAUCUCGUUAGGUUUCAUUAUCUUUCUACUCUACAUGUAUUUAUGUGUAUUUAUGCAUAUUUUUAUGUAUUAGAUAUAUAUUCUGCGUGCAUUAUAUUAUGUUUAAACAUUUAUUUAUCUUGCUCUGCGCCAACGCUAAUCUCCUGUUUGGUUUCCUUCCACUCAAAGGUUGACUGGAAGAGAUUGCAUUAGCGAUAAGUCCGCCUUUGUACCAUCUCUAUCUGUUUUGUAUGUUUUACUUUUAUGGUGCAAUAAAGAGUUUUAUCUAUCUAUAUCUAUUUAAGUAUGGAUGAUAUCCAGAACAACUAGAUAUUUUUAAUUAUAAUUUCGGAUCAAAUACAUUUUAUACGCCAUUUUUUAUUGAUAGGUAAAAUAUAUUUUAAAUAUAUUAUAAAAAAAUCUUAUUUUAUUUGUAUUUUGGGCUUUACUUUUUAUU